UUAAUAUUUACCUAUUUAGUGUUGUCACAGUAACACAAUUUCAGUAGCUGGUACUUGGCACCGAUACCAGUAAAAAUUUGAUGGUUCUCUGUACCAAUUUCAGUACCAAAACACAACACAAAACUUGCUUAUUAAAGGCACAAAAGGGGAUGUUUGUUUUAUACAUUUUUGCAAUAUUACUUGAUAUACGUCAUCUGUGCACAAGAUAGGGCCCUAAAACAUCAGCAAAUCGUGGAUGCAGUCAUCGCAUGAACGAUUGGGCCUCUGGCUUGUCAAUCACUGCCAUUACGUUCCUUGUGAGAGACGUGCGCGCUCCAGUAACUUUACACAGGUGACGCAAGCGCAAAGCGCAUGAACCUCCAUGGUUUGUUUUCAUUGUCGCUCCUUCUUUCCUCCUCGAAUUUACACAAUGGAAGAGAAAAAACCCGAUGGAGGACGCAAAAAAAAGAGUGUUUUUGAAAUCGCUGAGAAGAGGAGAAAAAUGACAGAAGAACGUAAUAAAACCAGAGUCGUUCUUGGAGAAACUUUUCAACGCUGGAGAGCAAUGAAGGAACAGAGAGGUGUCAAGACAGACGCGCAGUUUGCAAAAAUUCUUCUCGACAGUUAUGAUACUGUUACUUCAGCCCCGCUUACACCCCAGCCUCUAGCUGUGUCCACUAUUUUGCCAGAGUCACCCGCAGAUCGAGAUGCUGAUUUCUCUAUGGGAGGAAUUGAGAAGUUGGGCAGCAGUGUUAGUGAAGCUAAAGCUUCAGCUCAGCAGGUUAAACCAAGUGGUAGAGGGUAGAGAGACUUGCCUUCAAACAAAUACUCCUUGCCUAAACAUAUCCAGCGGGCAAGCUAUCAGGAGUACACUUCUCCUUUAAAUCGUGACUGGAAGAUUGUAGGAGAUUUCUACGAAGUGGACUGGAUGACACUUCCGCCAGCUCCAGAGGCCAUACUGGAACUUGUGCACUGCUUGUGUAAAAAACAAUUGUGUUAAGGGUAGAUGCAAAUGUAAACUGCAUGAGCUGCCAUGUACAAACCUCUGUCAGUGUGUAACUUGAAAAUGACUAGGGCACAUGUGUGCAUGUAUCUACACAUGUGGGGAGUGGUGUGUGCGUGUUUGUGUGUUGGCUACUCCUGCAGAAGUAAAUCUGUAUGACAUGUUUAUGUAGAUUAUAACUCUGCUCUGUUUGAUAGCCCAUGUUCUUUAACCGUUUUACUUAUUUUUAUUAAAUGCAGUUUUAACUUGAGUUAUUAGCUAGAAUAUUGGCUGCUUACUGACCUUUUAAUGUUAUGUCAGAUGUAACUG